AAAUGUAAGAGUCUAGAAGAUUUUCUGGAAACAGCAAACGAAAACCGAAAGUGAAAACGUAAUUCAGAGAAAGCUGGAUUUUGUAUUUAUACAUAGAUUGGACAUUUGCAAGUGCUAGAAAUAUUUUCUUACAUCGGUGCUCUCAUUACAUAGUCAAAACAAGUCCAGUAGAAACAUGUCUGACAAGGUCCACGAAAAAAUGCAAUCGUCUUUAGAUCAAAUGCUUCAGAUUAUUCAAGGCAAUGAAAAUGACCAGAUUUUAAAGGGAACUGAAACGCUGUGCCUUGUGAACGAAAAUGGAGUGGUGAAUGACGACGCCAGAUCUAGACUUGCUGCUCUUGUAUACGACAUGAAAAUGGAUUUAGACACUAUCAAAAUCAAUGCGAAGCAGCCAACAGACACAGGCAUGUUCAGUGCGAUUUCAGGGAUUGAGUUUCCUUGGAGUUCAAAGAAGGUUCAAGUAUUUCUACCAAUACAGACCUCAACUACACACGAUUUUGCGACAGCUUUGACCAAACUUUGCAAGACUCUUUCCUUCAAAUGCGAAAUAAGCGACCAAUUAGAAAAACUGCGGGGAGAUUUGCCACUUGUAGUUGUAUGCCCAAUUUCUUCAAGAUUUGAGCCGGACAUUGAUUAUGCACUGAACGGUAUUAGUUGGAAGUCGCCGUUCGUUUCUCUGGUUUUGCAUUCCAGUACAGAAAGUUCCUUACCGAGAUUGCCUACAGCUACUCGACUUGCGGAUAAGGAGAAAUACCGGAACACGGAAUUUAUCGAUAUUGCUUUUACGAUGGAGUCAAAAUUGUAUCAGUGUCAGAUGAACACUAUUGCGAAAGAACAACUGAAAUCAUUCUUUGACAGAUUCUACAAAAAGUGACUUUGAUGUUAAUGUUGAAUUGAAUAUAGUAUUUAAAAUUAUAUCGCUUUAGAAGAGAUAAGAUGACAAAAAUGCCACGCAUUUCAGACAAAUGUUUCCUGCAAAAGACAACAAACACAGUUAUUUGAAUAAGAGAAUUUCUGUGCAAUGUUUGCUUAUUAAAAUUUGAAAGCACCGCACUGCUGUGUACUAGCUCAAGAGAAUUCAUUUUUUUACACGAGAAUGUUAGAUAAAAAUUACAUUACG